GCGGGCUUGCGUCACCGUGCGAUUUUCGAUAAGGCAGGCACACACCACGUGCACCACACACACACACACCACAUACACCGCAGCGCAAGCAGACUGCAUCACCCACCCACCCCCUGUCGUGUUCUCGCCGCCCUCCCUCGCCUUCUACUCUCCACAAUGGCAGACACCAACAAUGCGAUCGCACAGCAGGUUGUGCAGAUCACAUACGAUGACCUUCGUAGUGGCAAGGACCUCUCGAAACAAGUCAAAGAGGCCUUUGAUAAGGAUGGCAUGGGUCUCAUUGCCGUCACGGGCCUUCCCGACGAUUACCUCGACAUGUGCAAGAACGUCCACAGCGCGGUCCGCGCGUUUGCCAACCUCCCUGAAGAGGAGCGCAAGCAGUUUGAGGUACCACCAUUCUAUCAGCGUGGCUGGGACCACGGUCACGAGCUCAUGAAGGACGGCCACCCUGAUCUGUCGAAAGGCUCGUUCUACUUCAACCCGGGCCAGGAUGCGUUUGAGGAUGUCGAUGCGGAGACGGCCAAGAAGUACCCCACCUUCUUCGGCAAGAACGUCUUCCCCAAAACGCAGGUACCCGAGUUUGAGCCCGCAGUCAAGCGCUGCAGCAAGUUCAUGCAAGAGGUGGGCGUCAUGCUCGCCAGCCAGUGCGACAAGCUCUUCACACAGCCCAAGACCAUCUCAGAGGGCGAGCCAGGCCUGUGCGAGAGCAUUGCCAAGCAGCUCAACCGCCACGCCUGCCGCGGCCUCUACUACUUCCCCACCGCCGAGGGCGACAAGGUGAAGGACGGCUGGUGCGGCUGGCACAACGACCACUGCCUGCUCACGGGCCUCAUCCCAGGACAGUUUUUCGAGGAGCCUGCAGGCAACGCGUGCGAGAGCCCGGACCCGGACGCCGGCCUGUACAUCUGCACGCGCUCUGGCCAGGUGGUCAAGCCCCGCCCGCCCAAGAACGCCAUGCUGUUUCAGAUUGGCGAGACGGCACAAAUCCUCAGCGGCGGUGCGCUGCGUGCCACCCCACAUAUGGUGCGUCCCCCGCGCGCCAAUGGCGUUGCCCGCACCACCAUGCCCAUCUUCAUGCAGCCCGGCCACGAGCUCGUCCUCGACAUGCCCGCAAACGCCGACGACGACGCGCUGCUGUGCCCGCACCUGCCAGAGGGUGUGCCCACGCUCGCCAGCCGCUACACCCCAGGCGUCUCCUUUGGUGACUUCAGCAACACCACCUUUGCCGCGUACUACAACCAAAAGUAAACCCACACGUGUGUGACAUCACACGCGUCAACGCACGACGCGUGUAUACAUGCUGUCGUGACCGCUGAUGCUGGUCGUGGUGGCUGUACGUGGUACUCUGUUUUGUGUGUUGGUGGAACGUGCACGUUCGGUUUUCACUGUCAACGCGCACGCCCCCACAAGUCACCGUUGCGAAUCAUGCAUGACGCGCAGCUUGGAGCAGUGUUGCAGACCGUAAUUUCAUGAGGUUUUCGGCUCUGUGUGCGCCUGCUCUCCCCCUUCCCCCUUCCCUCUGCUUUACUUUGCCUUUCGUCAGUGUAGCUCUUUCGGUUUCCUCUGUGAUGUGUGCUGUGGCUUGCUUGCUUGCUUGCUUCUUGCUGUCUGUUGUUACACGUCGACAUCAAACUUGCAUAAAAGCGCAGCAUGCACGCAUGUAUGUCCUCCAAAGGGAUUGGACUGUUUAUGUUUGUUACAAUACGACUGCACAUGAAACCGUAACAGCAAUCCUACACUGCAGCGAAUGACAUGGG